UGGAGUGAAACUGCAGGAAAAUUGUGGGUAGGGAGCCGCGAACAGCCGGGCUCUAAUGGAGGUCUGCACCCCACAAGGUGUUGCACCAGUUUCCCACUAAAAGAUAAUGUUUCCUUCAGAUCUUUCAAACAUGCUUCCAACAUGAACAUUUGGUGGCCAUCAUGCAGCUUGAGCACAUUGGCAAUACUUCUUUCAUUGUGCCUCUCACAUGCCCAAAACACUGAAGAGGCAUGCCCUUUGACAUCUGGAGAGGAGUGCAUUGUCAAUUUGCAUGGAAAGUCAGGGGAUGGAUACUACACAGAAAUCAUCAUCGGAACACCACCACAGAAGCUGAAGGCACUUAUUGACACUGGGAGCAGUAAUGUGGCCAUUGCUGCAUUGCCACAUCCCCAGAUCUCCAAAUUCUUCAACCAAACCAUAUCGAGCACGCUGCGGCCGCUGCACGUGUCCGUGGACGUGCCGUAUUCGCAAGGCUCGUGGCGGGGCUGCCUGGUCAGCGACGUGGUCCGCCUGCCGGAGACGAACGCGCCGACGGUACGCUGCGACGUGGCGCUCAUCAAGCACUCACAAAACUUCUACAUCAACGGCUCCGAGUGGCAGGGCAUCGUGGGUCUGGCGUUCAAGCCGAUCGCGCUGCCCAACUCGUCGGUGGCGACGUGGCUGGACGCGGCGCAGCACGUGCGGCUGGGCCAGCUGGGCUCCGUCUCGGUGGCGCUCUGCGGCCCCGGCCCCACCGGUCGACACCACGGCUACAUGGAGUUCGGCGAGACGCGGCGGGCCCUGCUGGCCGGCCGCUUCCACUCGGCCGCCAUCUUCCGGUCGUGGUUCUACGAGAUCCUCAUCACCAACAUGACGGUAGCCGGCCGGCGGCUAGCGCUGCCCUGCGUCGAGUUUAACACGGACAAGACCAUCGUCGACACCGGCACCACUAACCUGCGGCUGCCAGAGAGGGUGUUCAGUGAAGUCAUAGCAGUGGUGCAAGAGCAGGCCGCCUUCCUAGCAGACAGGUCGCAUACGUUCUGGACGGGCAAAGGGCGAUUAUGCUUCCCGACCGUGAACGCCACCCACCCGUGGGACUACUUCCCGAACAUCACGCUCUCGCUGCAGACCAACAAGACGGCUUCGUUCGACCUCACCGUCACGUCGCGGAGCUACCUCCGGGAGGCGUUCGACGGUCCGGCCGGCAACGAGCGCUGCUUCAAGCUCGGCAUUGACUCGUCCACGACGGGCUCCGUCCUUGGUGUGGUCGUCCUCGAGGGCCUGUACGUGCGCUUCAACCUGCACACGCGCACAGUGGACCUGGCCCGCUCCGUGUGCGGCCCGGAGGUGACGCUCAGGGGACCGCACGCCACCGCAGACAGCACCGGCUGCGGAUACAUACCCAGGUCGGCGUACAGCCGGACGGUCCACAUAGCCAUGUAUGUGGUGGGAGGGAUGCUGGUGUUCAUCUGCAUACCGCUGGUGAUGGCGGCGGUCUCCUGCCUGCGGAACCGGCCGUGGCGGCGGCGGCCCGGCCGCGCCAGCUUCAGCCUCCUGGUGGACUACCGCGAGUGACCUGACCUGACCCGGCCUGGGAUGACCCUGCCGGCCAGUCUGCGUCACUGCUGAACUGGAAUGGUCGGAUGACCUAUCAAACGAAUGUUGCACGAAUAUCUGAAGCGGUCCAGUGAACUGACAUUGCCUACCAAAUUGGCAUGGCCUCAUGAACUCAAAGAGCCUAGUGAACUGGCAUAACCCUCCAGGCUGACAUGAUGUGAUGAACUGAAGGGAUCUAGUGAACUGUCACGCCCCGAUGAGAUUUUGUCACCUGGUAUGUGCCGCUCUGGUGAGGACCAAGAACGGCAUGUCAUGGAAUGAUCUGACACGGCCGCCUCCGAUGAAUUAUAUGUCAGGGCCUGAGGCAUCCCUUGCGACACGAUCUGACCUGACGCGAUGUCAAGUCACUUGCGUCGAUUAGCCGUGACAUACCUCCGUCACCGGCUUCUCGCCCCCCGUGCCGCUGAGGCCGAGCUGAGCAGGUGGCCCGAAGACGGCAGGCGGGCCGCCGCCACGUUGGCCUCGGUUCAGCGCGGCACUUCUCGUAACCAAUGUCUUAUCAGGUGGUAUGACCCGACCCGACCCGACCCGA